CCGCUCCCUACCAAAACACCCUCAUCUUUCAAAAUCCUCCGCAUCAAGGUCUUCCUGCUCUGAUUUCCAGCACAAAGUUAAAAGAAGAAAAAAAAAAGGAAAAAAGAAAGGAAGAAAAACCCUAGAAUCGUUGAUCUCCUUUUCAUUCUCCUCUUCUUUUUAUGCGCUCAUGAAUCGUCGAUGAUUCAUUACAAGUAGAGGUCGAUUCUCUUCCCAUACAUCAACAGCAGGAAAACGUUACGUCCGAGAUGGAGCUCCGCUCCAGAUCCAGGUUCUCCAUCGCAUAUUUUCUGAUCUUCAUUGUCGUUCUGUGUUUUGCUGUGAGUUCGGCUUUGGCCGAAAACCGUCGCCCGAAGAACGUGCAGGUUUCACUGCGUGCGAAAUGGUCUGGAACUCCGCUCUUACUAGAAGCCGGUGAGUUGCUGUCUAAAGAAUGGAAGGACCUAUUUUGGGAGUUUAUUGAGGUUUGGCUACAUUCGGAGAAUGAUUCUAAUUCUUUGACAGCCAAAGGCUGCUUCCAAAAAAUUGUCAAAUAUGGGCGUUCCCUUUUGAGUGAUCCUUUGGCAUCUAUUUUUGAAUAUUCUCUCACUCUUCGGUCAGCAUCUCCAAGAUUGGUGGUCUAUCGGCAGCUAGCAGAGGAUUCUUUAUCCUCUUUCCCUCUAGCAGAUGAAACUUACUCAAAACAUGCCGCUGGGGACAAUUCAGAACCACAUGCAAGUCCAGACAGCAAAAGGGUAGAUCAUUCGCUCAUAAGCAUGAACCCUAAAAGUCCUGGAGGAAGUUGUUGCUGGGUAGAUACCGGAAGCACGCUAUUGUUUGAUGUUUCAGAACUGCUAUUGUGGCUUGGCAACCCAACUGCAUUAGCUGGGGAUUCAUCUGAACAGCCUGAACUUUUUGAUUUUGAUCACAUAUACUUUGGUUCAAACAUCACUAGUCCAGUUUUUAUUUUAUAUGGAGCUUUGGGGACAGACUGCUUCAGAGAGUUUCAUGCUGCUCUAGUGGAAGCAUCCAAGAAGGGAAGAGUUAAAUAUGUCGUUAGACCUGUUUUGCCUUCUGGAUGCGAAGCAACAACUGACCGUUGUGGUGCUGUUGGAACGUUGGAUGAACUAAACUUGGGUGGUUAUGGGGUGGAACUUGCUUUGAAGAAUAUGGAGUACAAAGCUAUGGAUGACAGUACUGUAAAGAAAGGUGUCACUCUAGAAGAUCCUCGGACGGAAGACCUCAGCCAAGAAGUUAGAGGGUUCAUAUUCUCUAAGAUCUUGGAACGCAAACCGGAAAUGACUAAUGAGAUAAUGGCUUUCAGGGAUUAUUUGUUAUCAUCAACAGUAUCAGACACGCUGGAUGUUUGGGAACUAAAGGAUUUGGGGCAUCAAACAGCACAAAGGAUUGUCCAUGCAUCAGACCCUUUGCAAUCAAUGCAGGAAAUUAACCAAAAUUUUCCUAGCGUAGUUUCAUCUUUAUCUCGUAUGAAGCUCAACACCUCAAUUAAAGAUGAAAUUAUCGCAAACCAACGUAUGGUCCCACCUGGAAAGUCUUUAAUGGCUCUGAAUGGUGCUUUAAUCAAUAUCGAAGAUCUUGACCUGUACCUGCUAAUGGACCUGGUUCAUGAAGAUUUAUCAUUAGCUGAUCAGUUUUCAAAAUUGAAGAUUCCUCAAACUGCCAUAAGCAAACUGUUGUCAUCGCUACCUCCUCCAGAAUCUAGUACAUUCCGUGUUGAUUUUCGUUCUACCCAUGUCCGUUACCUGAACAAUUUGGAGGAGGAUGCCAUGUAUAGGAGGUGGCGAAGCAACUUAAAUGAGCUUCUGAUGCCAGUCUUCCCUGGCCAGCUUCGCUAUAUCCGUAAGAAUCUAUUCCAUGCUGUUUAUGUGCUUGAUCCGGCAACAAUAUGUGGACUUGAGUCGAUCGACAUGAUUAUGUCCAUGUAUGAAAAUAAUGUUCCUAUGAGAUUUGGGGCAAUACUAUAUUCAUCAAGAUUGAUCCAGAAAAUCGAAGAUAAUGUUGGUGAACUUCCCAUCCCUUCUGGCAGUAAUGCUGAGGAAGAUAUUUCCAGUUUGAUCAUACGUCUUUUCCUUUAUGUUGAGGAGAACCAUGGAAGGCAAUUGGCUUUUCAGUUUCUGAGCAGUGUGAACAGGUUGUGGAGUGCUGCUGGAGAGCCUACUGAAGAAGCUCUUGAAGUGCAUCAUGUAGAAGGGGCAUUCGUAGAAGUAUUAUUAUCGGAGUCUAAAUCUCCACCUCAGGAUAUCUUACUAAAACUUGAAAAGGAGUUAGCAUUCAAGGCAAAGGCGGAAGAAAGCUCACUUUUUGUUUAUAAACUUGGUUUGGCGAAGCUCAAGUGUUGCCUCUUAAUGAAUGGGCUUGUCUAUGAGUCCACGGAGGAGGCCUCUAUAAAUGCCAUGAAUGAAGAGCUCCCUAGAAUUCAAGAACAAGUUUACUAUGGACAUAUCAAUUCACAUACAGAUGUGCUGGAAAAGUUCCUUUCUGAAAGUGGUUAUAAUCGUUAUAACCCACAGAUUACAGGGGAUGGAAAGGGCCAGAAAAGGUUUAUAUCUCUUUGCACAUCAUUCCUAGAACGGGAAUCAGUGCUCAAUGAGAUCAGCUACUUGCAUUCUCAUGGAACUGCAGAUGAUUUGAAGCCGGUGACUCAUCUUCUUGCUGUUAAUGUUACGUUAAAGAAAGGGGUGAAGUUGCUACGUGAAGGACUACGUUACCUGAUCGGAGGAUCAAAAAGAGCACGCAUCGGCAUACUUUUUAAUGCUGAUACUGUUGACGUAUCACCUUCUUUACUUCUGGCAAAGGUUUUUGAAGUUACCGCAUCCUCAUUUAGUCAUAAGGCGAAAGUGUUGGAUUUUUUGGAUCAGCUGUGCUCAUUUUAUGAGAGCGAAUAUAUGCUCCUCUCAUCUCUAGAUGCUGAAACUUUUCAGUUAUUUGUAAAUAAAGUUUGCGAGCUUGCUGGGGCAUAUGGUUUGCCAUCUGAGAGAUACAAAACAGCUCUUUCAGGCUCAUCUAUGGAUGCAUUGAGGAACCACCUUGAGAAGGUGUCAUAUUUUUUAUACAGGCAAUUGGGGCUUGGAUUUGGUGUUACCGCAGUCAUUACAAAUGGAAGAGUAAUCCUUCCUCUUGAUGGAAAAACCUUCCUAAGUGAUGAUCUAGGUCUUCUAGAAUCUGUGGAGUUUGAGCAGAGAAUUAAACAUAUUGUGGAGAUUAUUGAAGAAGUUGAAUGGAAAGAUGUGGACCCUGAUGAUCUGACGAGCAAAUUCAUCAGUGAUCUUAUCAUGUCGAUUUCUUCUUCAAUGGCUACCCGUGAACGAGGUUCUGAAAGAGCCCAUUUUGGAAUUUUAAAUGCAAAAUACAGUGCUGUUGUUCUGAACAGUGGAAAUUCUAGCAUACAUAUUGAUGCUGUUAUUGAUCCAUUAAGCCCUGUGGGCCAAAAGCUUUCUCCAUUGCUCCGUGUACUUUGGAAAUGCAUUCAGCCAAGCAUGAGGAUCGUGCUCAAUCCAUUGAGUUCCCUUGUUGACCUUCCUCUGAAAAAUUUCUACAGAUAUGUAGUGCCAACUGUGGAUGACUUCAGUGCUAUUGAUUAUUCAGUUCAUGGCCCUAAAGCAUUUUUCUCAAAUAUGCCAUUGUCCAAAACACUGACUAUGAAUCUUGAUGUUCCUGAGCCAUGGCUUGUUGAGCCUGUUAUUGCUGUCCAUGACUUGGAUAAUAUUUUGCUCGAGAAACUAGGUGACACAAGAACAUUACAAGCAGUUUUUGAACUUGAAGCACUUGUUCUAACUGGUCAUUGUUCUGAGAAAGACCACGAUCCCCCCCGUGGCCUUCAGUUGAUUCUUGGAACCAAAGGCCUGCCACACUUGGUUGAUACCCUUGUCAUGGCCAAUUUGGGUUACUGGCAAAUGAAGGCUUCCCCUGGGGUGUGGUACUUGCAGAUUGCUCCAGGCCGAAGUGCUGACCUCUACAUUCUGAAGGAAAAUGGAGAUGGCAUUCAGAACUUGCCUUUGUCGAAACAGAUCAUUAUAAAUGAUUUGCGGGGUAAAUUAGUUCAUCUGGAAGUAGCGAAGAAAAAGGGAAAGGAACAUGAGCAGUUGUUAGCUUCUACUGAUGAUAACCAUUUGCAGGAAGAGAAAGGAAAUCUAAAUAGUUGGAACACUAAUUUGUUGAAGUGGGCUUCUGGUUUGAUUGGUGGGAAUGACCAGUCGAGGAAGAGACAAAGGAGUUCUAUGGAUGGUGGUAAAAUUGAGAGAGAUGGGGAAAGGGUUAACAUAUUCUCAAUUGCUUCUGGACACUUGUAUGAACGCUUCCUCAAAAUCAUGAUACUGAGUGUUCUUAAGAACACCAAUCGACCAGUGAAGUUUUGGUUUAUUAAGAACUAUCUUUCUCCUCAGUUUAAGGAUGUUAUACCCCACAUGGCACAUGAGUAUGGAUUUGAGUAUGAGCUUAUAACCUACAAGUGGCCAACCUGGUUACAUAAACAGAAAGAGAAGCAGCGGAUAAUUUGGGCAUACAAAAUUUUAUUUCUUGAUGUUAUUUUUCCACUUUCCUUGGAGAAGGUCAUAUUUGUUGAUGCAGAUCAGGUAGUUAGGGCAGACAUGGGAGAACUCUACGACAUGGAUAUAAAAGGAAGACCUCUUGCAUAUACACCUUUCUGUGACAACAACAAGGACAUGGAUGGCUACAGAUUUUGGAGACAAGGCUUUUGGAAGGACCAUUUACGGGGGAAGCCAUAUCAUAUAAGUGCUUUGUAUGUUGUCGAUUUGAUGAAAUUCCGACAAACUGCAGCAGGUGACAAUCUAAGGGUAUUCUACGAGACUCUCAGCAAGGAUCCAAAUAGUCUAUCGAAUCUUGAUCAGGAUCUUCCCAAUUACGCCCAGCACACGGUACCCAUAUUUUCUCUCCCCCCAGAAUGGCUCUGGUGUGAGUCAUGGUGUGGGAAUGUCACAAAGUCCAAGGCGAAGACUAUUGAUCUCUGCAACAAUCCCAUGACGAAGGAGCCCAAACUUCAGGGUGCCAAAAGAAUAGUUUCUGAGUGGCCGGAUCUUGAUUCAGAGGCAAGACGGUUCACUGCAAGAGUUUUAGGUGAAGAGGUUGAAGCCCAGGAAUCAAUCUUGUCACCUAAUCAUGAGGACACUUCAAUCACUGACAGUGCAAAAGACAGUGCGAAAGACGACUCUGAAUCCCGUGCAGAAUUAUAAUUAUAAUUAUAAUUUUUAUAGAUGGGGGACCGCACGUGGGAUUGCAUGCAAGAAGUCCCUUUGAAAUCUCCAAUGGGUGAUACAAGAAUUUUGGGGGCAGUUUCUAUGCUAGCAUUUCCCCUUUCUAAACCCUAACAAUGCAAUUUGGUCACGCAUUUUCAUUGAUGGAGGGUGCUAGCAUUUCCGCUUUCCAAACAGUAACAAGGCAGUUUGGUCACACAUUUUCAUUGAUGGAGGGUGCUAGCAUCUCCGCCCUCUAAUCCCUAAGAAGGCAAUUUGGCCCCACAGGGGAAUAGAAAUUAUAGUGGGAAUGUAUUCAUAUAUAUAUAUAUAUAUAUAUAUAUAUAUUGAGUUGCUAUGCGCCUUUUUAAGUUAGCCGUUGUAUUCUCUCUCUCUCUCUCUCUCUCUCUCUCUCUUCUUUUUUGUUUUUUCAUUUUUAAAGGCAAGUUAGCUUUUGUCUCUCCUGCCAAUUUUGUAAGACAAUGAUAAUGAAUUGACCGUUGCGACUACCGCCCUUAAAACUAUGAGAACGGUAUCCAUUUUCCAAUGAAUAAUGAAUAUGUUGCUCUC